UAGAAUGCGCAACUGCGAUGUACAGCAAGCAGCGAACGUGGGACACACGUUGCCAGUGAAGGUGCAGGCCGAUGUUGAGCUUCAGCCUUCAGCCCCAGUACUUCUACUGUGUCCUCAGCACAACUAACCUAAGGUGAUUGUUUAAAAUCUUUUUUCUGGAUGCCUUUCCUUUCUUGGUCGAAAGUCGCCCCAAAGCAGUUCUCUUGCGAUUGUUUCUGACGAUUUGGUCGCUUAAUUACUGGAACUGUUUGCUGGGUCGCGAGUAAUUUUGCUUUUUUGAGGAGGCAAAAGUACAGUGCCGGUGCCGGUGCCGGUGCCGGAGAUGCCAGUGCCGGUGUGUCAGAGUCGGUGUGAGAGGGGACAAGGAGAUAUUUCGUCGGAGCCAUGCCGAUGCUGGUGCCGGUGUUGGAAGUUAUAAUAAGGUUUGGAGACGAUGAAUUUGGGCAUAUGCUGGUUGAUAUGUUGAAGAAGAAUGGAGUGAACGCAGAGGGGGUGUGCUUGGAUGCCGAUGCAAGGACAGCGCUUGCAUUUGUGACGUUGAAGAAGAAUGGAGAGAGGGAAUUCAUGUUCUAUAGGAACCCAAGUGCUGAUAUGCUGCUGAAGGUAUCAGAGCUUAAUUUGGGUCUCAUCAAGCAGGCCAAGAUAUUUCACUAUGGCUCUAUAAGCUUGAUCUCAGAGCCAUGCCGCUCUGCUCACUUUGCGGCCACGGACGCCGCUAAAAGGGCUGGCGCUUUGCUUUCCUACGACCCCAAUUUGCGGUUGCCGCUCUGGCCUUCAGCUGAGGCUGCUAGACAAGGGAUUAUGAGCAUUUGGAAUGAAGCUGAUUUUAUCAAGGUUAGCGAUGAUGAGGUGGCAUUCUUAACUCAGGGAGAUCCCAUGGAUGAAGAUGUUGUUUUGUCACUUUGGUAUGAAAGACUCAAGUUACUUGUUGUGACAGAUGGAGAAAAGGGUUGUAGAUACUUCACCAAGAAUUUCAAAGGACAAAUUAAUGGGUUCUCAGUUAACACAAUUGAUACAACUGGAGCUGGUGAUGCUUUUGUGGGUGCAUUUCUCUUCUUAGUUGCCAGAGACACUGCAAUAUUUGAGGAUGAAGAGAAGUUGAAGGAAGCUCUUCUUUUUGCAAAUGCCCGUGGUGCGAUUAGUACAACCCGGAAAGGAGCAAUUCCAGCUCUUCCAAACACAUCUGCUGCCCUCAAACUCAUUGCGAGAUCCAAGGCAAAAACCAAAGGAAAUUUUACAGCGUUUAUGGCAUUUGCAUGGUCCGUUGCUUUAUUGGGAAUCUUGUUAAUGUUAAUACAAAGGAAGAAAGUAUUUAUGACUUGAUACUUAUUAUGUCAUGGAUUAUUGUAAUAAGGUGUGUGGGAUUUUACAAAAGUGGUUGGAUGUAUGUGUCAAGGAUUAUUGUAAUAAGGUUAUGUGUGAGUUUUUUUACAAAAGUGGUUGGAUGUGUCAAGGAUUAUUGUAAUAAGUUGUGUGAGAUUUUAUCUCCAUUUAAAUUAGUUUUUAUAUACCCUGCUUAGAAUAAUGAAAUGCAAUUUCUC